AUGAACACUCAAAUGCUUCAGUCCAUCGACCAACUCACUUUAUUAACUUCUCGAGCAAAUUCUGCUGUUCGAAAUUACACGACUGGGAGGAAUCCAAUUGAUUACAACAUCGACUACACCACACAAACCAUUGAAUUUGUUGAUUUGAUCCUUCAGAAAUUAGGACAGAAUGUCACUAAAAGUCAAUUGUGUUCACAAACACUAACAGAUCUUCAGUGUUUCAUUCGUUCGCUCGACCAAACUAUCACAAAUGAGCUUUCUUAUUAUUCAUACGAGAAAUUACAAUACGAAAAAAUCCUCCAAAUGAAUAACCAAAGAAAAGAGCAGAUCACCGUAUACCCACAUCCAACCGUUUUGGGUGCAAAUCACAUUUUAAUGGAAAAUCCACUGCUAGACUUCCAGCAACAAAAUUGGAUCGAACGGGUGAGUGGGAAGAAAAUCGGGCCAAUAGUCUUUGAUAGUAACUCGCAAGACUGGAAUAUUGGCACACGAGAGAUGGAUGUGAUAAUAAAUCAAGGCCCUCUUUGUGUUGUCAUAACUGACGAAAACCACCACAAAUUUGGCAGUGUGUUAUAUAAACCAAUUCGUCAAGUCGGAGACGACAUCCCCGAUUACGACUCAUUCAUUUUUAUUAUGGAACAAAACGGGGAUCUGGUUAAGUACAAUAUCCGGAAAAACGGAAAUAAAAGUGCCUUUUACUUUGAAACGGACGAUAUCGACGAUUUACUGUUCUCUAUCUGUGAUGAAACGUUCUGCAUUGAGAAGAAAGAUUCAAAUAGAAAAGGGUCCUUUUCGUACGACCAAAUCGUCGAAACGGAACGAUUUAAUAUGGACAAGAAAUUUUGGGUGCAGAGGUUCAUAUUUUUUUCAUUGAAGUAA